CGGAGAGGCCGCCCAGCGCCGGGGCUGCAGUCACCGCUGCCGCCGCGAGAGGAGCGGAGCGGAGCGGAGCGGAUCCGAUCCGACCCGACCCGACCCGACCCGGGCUGCAGCCGCUGCCUCCCCUCCCGUCCCGCGCAGCCCGAGCUCCGGCCCGCCCGCAGCCCUGGGACGGGGGGGACCCGGGCGGGAGGAGGAGGAGCAGCAGCAGCAGCGCGGCGGAGGUAAAAGCAUCUUGACAACCAAUCAAGAAAGUGGAUUAUUUUUUGAACUAUGUGCGUGUGUCUGUAGAAAUGAUUUGUGGUUCAGUACAGCUGGAGCUGACUGAAUGAAGCUAUGGGCUGUGCAUCAGCCAAGCAUGUUUCUACUGUUCAAAAUGAAGAGGAAGCUCAGAAGGGGAAGAACUACCAGAAUGGAGAUGUGUUCGGUGAUGAGUACAGGAUCAAACCAGUGGAAGAAGUCAAAUAUAUGAAAAAUGGAGAAGAUGAUCAGAAAAUAGCAGCCAGGAAUCAAGAAAACUUGGAAAAAAGUGCCAGUUCAAAUGUAAGACUUAAGUCUAAUAAAGAGAUUCCAGGAUUAGUUCAUCAACCCCGAGCAAAAAGAUCUGCAGCUUCCCUAUUGAGCCAAGAUGGCCUCCCUGCCCCUGUGCCACCUUUUUUGCAUACAGCAUGCACAUCUCUGAAAGCCAACAGGAGUUCUUCAGAAUGCUGGAUGAGAAAAUUGAAAAGAACUCUUUGCAGACCUCUUAAUUAAGCCUCACAACAUCCCUGUGAAGUAACUGAGUAUUAUUACAUCCAUACCACAGAUGGAAACUGAAGUUUGUACAAAUUAAAUGACUGUAAAGUUCAUAGUGCAGGUUUAGAUGCAAAUUCAGAAGCAAUGGCAGAUUCAGAAGCAAAACCCAGAAGUCCUGUUUCUCAGUUCCUGCUUAUAUACACAAGUUGAUGUUUUCUUAAGCACUUAAGUUUCACAGUUUGGAAUAAGGUGCACAAUAUAAUGGCAUCUUUCUACUUUCAAAAUCUAGCUGAGAUGGAAUAGAUUAUGCUUACAAAUUUAUGGAGACAAGAGGAUAAUAAAACAGCUCUACAAAUAUAAAUUCCAUUGACCUGCUGCUCUGUUGUUCCCCAUUUCUAAAAAAAAAUUUAUUUGGCUGAUUGCAAAUUUUUACAGUUUCUGCCAGUGAUUAUGGCCCUUCUGAAAUCUGGCUAAAUGCCACACUGAACAGAUCACAAGUUUAUGCAAGCCAGCAAAUUAAUCUCUGUGGGGGAGGGGGAGGGAGGCUUUUAUUUUGGUGAAGGAAAAACAUGCGGGGGGAACUGAAAUAUUUCAUUUUGUGCAAAUAGGCAUUACUGCAUAGUCAAAGACCGUUUAAAAAAAACCACUCAGAGCUGAGUGUUUUAAUUUCAAAGGAUAAAAAAAGGUCUAGCCUUAAUAUAAGCAGUUUAAAAAGCACCAUGUACUUUCCUACACCCAAAUAAUUCCAUGGUGACAUUUCUAACACAGUGUGGCUGCAUCUACAUAAGACACUAGCUGUGCAGUCAUUACUGUGCAUUCAUUUAGUACUGGUAUAGACAAAUCCUAAAUGACUUUGCAGUAACCCAAGUUACUGCGUAGUAGUGCUGAUGAAUGUAUUUUUUGUGAUGCUACCGAACAGUAGCCUAAUACUACUGGACAGUAGUGUAGUGUCACGGUUGUUGCUACAUAAUGCUAUUGUGCAGUAGUAUCAGGCUACUGUGCAGUCAGGGUCUCAUGUAGACAUGACCUGUUUCUUCUUUAGCUGGAGGAUUAUGUCCCUAAACCUAGCCUGGAAUUUUAGCUGUUUAAUGUUUUGGUUCGGGGUGCUGGCAGAGGAAGAGUUGCUGGUUACCCCCUUCUCUCCUUUCUGCUACAUUUGCCAAGUUGUUUUUAAGCCUUCCUCAGAAGCAUUGGGUGUUGGCUGCAGCCAAGGCUUGGGAUUUUGACUGGCAUAGGCGGCGCGUGCCUCCUGAGGCUGGAGGGGGCACAGCAACCUCCUGCAGGCAGCGAUGCAAGUGUUGACAGUGAGGGCGGGCUGAGCGGGGACCAGUCCACAGGCGGCAGCAGGGGCGGGGGGGAAUUCCCCCACAGCCAGGCACCAACCCCAGAAGUGCACACCCAGAAGUGCCAGCAGCACUUCUUGGUGGGGGGGAGGCACCAGCGCUCCGCC